AUAUACAGUUCUUUUUUUGGGGGGGAUUGAAAUUUUGAUUUAUUAAAAGCAUCACUACGUUGAAAAUUAAAGGACACGGCACGGGGAGAUGGGCAAAGUUAUAAAAUAAUAAAAAAAUAAAAAUUCAAAAGAGGGGUUUGCAGCUAUCUAUAGCUUGACUGGCACGCUCACCACAAAACAUGACAUCUCUACGUUUCCAUUACAUUACAAUAAGAGCCUCUCUCUCUCUCUCUCUGUGUUAAAAAUCUCCCACAAAACGCACAGUUUAAGACUCCUUUUAAGUUCAACUGCCAUCCAUUUAUAUAAAUCAACGCCCUCACAGUACCAUUUUACAACCAGGGGGCAGGAUAAAAACACCCAAAAGCCAAUAAAAGAUACCUUCCGUAGCGAUAUAAAUAGAACCACCCAUACAUACGAAACUUCCUAAGCACCCAGAAUUCAACCCCAAUCACCACACACCUACCCACCUAAAAAUUUUGAUUUUCUCCCAUUCAAUUCCACCACACAGUAUACCAUCCUUUUUCCCCAUUAGAUUCUUAACAAGCUUGGAAACGUUUCUCCAAAAUAAAUAAAUACUAGGCAAAAAAAUAAAUAAAUAAAACCAAACUCAGACCUCAUUAUUUUCCCCUCUGUAGCUCGAGUCUCGACCAUGGCAAACAUGUUGUUGGAGGCUCUUAAUGUCCGGGUGAUAGGGACCGGCGAGAGGGUCUUGGUGUUCGCGCACGGCUUCGGCACCGACCAGUCGGCGUGGCAGCGUAUUUUGCCUUACUUCACUCCCAACUACCGAAUCAUUCUCUUCGAUCUCGUCUGCGCCGGCAGCGUCAACCCGGAUUACUUCGAUUUCCAGCGCUACACCACUCUCGAUGCCUACGUGGACGACCUGUUGAACAUUCUUGAUUCUCUCGGCGUAAAGACUUGUGCCUACGUGGGACACUCUUUCUCCGCUAUGACCGGGAUUUUGGCCGCAAUUCGGCGACCCCAUCUCUUCUCCAAGCUCAUCCUCAUAGGAGCUUCCCCGAGAUUCUUGAAUGACAGAGAAUACCAUGGUGGCUUUGAGGAAGUGGAGAUUGAGAAAGUGUUUAGGGCAAUGGAGGCUAAUUACGCUGCUUGGGUCCAUGGAUUCGCACCGUUAGCAGUUGGGGCCGAUGUUCCUGCAGCUGUCCAAGAAUUCAGCCGAACCUUAUUUAACAUGCGACCAGAUAUCUCCCUCUAUGUCUCGCGAACAGUAUUCAAUAGCGACUUAAGGGGAGUGUUGGGGCUGGUGAAGGUUCCUUGCUGUAUAAUCCAAACCAGUAAGGACGCCUCAAUCCCAAAAUCGGUGGCCUACUAUUUAAAGGACCAUUUGGGAGGCAAAAAUACGGUGGAGAUACUCGAAACUGAGGGCCAUUUACCCCAUUUGAGCGCUCCCGCUAUACUGGCUCACAAGCUCCGGCGAGCCCUUUCACAAAGGUAGGGAGGGAAGGCUGUGGAUGUGGUGCUAAGCUUUUAGAACACGCUCAUUGGGUCACUGUUGUGAAUGGGCUUGCCGAGCUUCUAAGCCAUAGAUCGCGUCAUGGUUUCAUAUGGACCGGGGCGAGCAUGAGAAAAUAGAAGCGAAAUUCAGGGCUGUUUGUUUGUACCCAUGGUGAGGAUUGAAAAUGCAGAUGUCUCUUAUUUAUUGGACGAGUAUCCGAUCGGUACUCCAACUGUACUAGAGUUUUUUUUUUUUUUUUUUUUCCUAGAUGGGUAUGGCGUCCAGGAAAACCCAAAAAAAACAAAUAUAAUAAAUAUAUAUAUAUAUAUAUAAUGUGGAGAUGAUAUCACAUGUCCACAUAUGUGUGGAUGUUAGGCUUUGUAGUUUGGAUUAUGUGAUCCGCAAAAGGAUAAGAAUCUCCACGUGAUUAUCACGUGGUGACGUAUCCUCCUUUCUUGUGUUCCUCUUUAAUUUUUUUUUUUUCUCCCUCCUGUUCCGCUUUAAUUCUGAGUUGCUCAUAUUUAGCGUUGUUUGGGCAAUCAAGCCAAGGAAAUGAAAAUGAUCUUCAUUUGUACUUUUGGUACUC